CCCACGCACGCAUAUGCAGAGAAGUACAUUGCCAGUCAGUCAGGCAGACAGACGGUCUUCUGUAGUCGCACAAUAUCGCAAAGCGGGCGUCAGAGGAACGCAGAAGGUCGGUGAUCGAGAGGCAACAAAAAGGAACGAAGGAAUAACGCCGAGCGGUAUAUUCACGGCGAGGUACAGUGCUGACAUCUAGCGCUCAUCACAACUCGAGGCGACCUCUAGUGUGCGAUGGAGAAUCCGGCAUUCUACCGAGCGCAGAGCAACGUGGCCAAGCCUCCCAUGUACCCGGAUGUACAACCGCUGGCAGUCGACGAAGACGACAAUGGCGACGAGAACAAGGACCGCGGCACUGGAGCGGCACUGACUUUCGACUUCAUCCUGUCGUGCCUCGGCUACGCGGUCGGACUGGGAAACGUGUGGAUUCCCUACCUCUGCUACCGAAAUGGAGGAGGUGCGUUUUUCAUACCGUACCUGAUCAUGUUGUCUUUCGUGGGACUGCCGCUGUUUUACCUGGAGCUAUCUGUCGGACAGUUUACGAGUCUCGGACCGGUUGGAGUGUUCGGAAAGAUUUCGCCGGUUUUACAAGGCAUCGGCUAUGCCAUGGUGAUGAUAUCAGCUCUGGUAGCGAUCUAUUACAACGUCAUCAUUGCAUGGACCCUCUACUAUCUGUUCGCAUCCUUCCAGCGAGUUCUACCGUGGUCCGGGUGCAAGAACGGUUGGAACACAGACUCGUGCUGGUCCAAGUCGGAAGAAGAAGAAUGCAUGAAAAGUAAUGGCACCUACUACGCUCGUCAGUGUUAUCUGAAUCUCACAUCAGCGGAAGCGAAUGCUUACGAUCAGCUGUCGAACAAUGAAAGCAGUCUGCGCACAUCAGCAAGCGAGGAAUACUACAAGAACAAGAUGCUGGGACUCACGACCAGUAUCAAUGACUACGAGGGAGGUCUCAAGUGGGAUCUGUGUCUCUGUCUGCUACUAGCCUGGAUCAUAGUCUGCUUGUGUCUCAUCAAGGGCAUCAAGAGCUCCGGCAAGGUCGUCUACUUCACCGCUACAUUUCCCUAUGUGGUCCUCGUUAUCCUGCUCAUCAGAGGCGCUACACUGCCGGGCGCCGCAAAAGGAAUCCGCUUCUACAUCACACCCGAUCUGAGCGUGCUCUCCACUCCACAGGUAUGGGUCGACGCCGCGGGACAGAUAUUCUUCUCGCUAGGUGUCGCUUUCGGCGGCAUCAUGACGCUGUCGAGUUACAAUCGCUUCCGCAACAACUGCUUCCGCGACUCCCUGGUGGUGGCUCUCGGAAACUGUGCAACGAGCGUGUUUGCCGGCUUCGUCAUCUUCUCAAUCCUGGGUCACAUGGCCUACGACCUUGGCAAAGAAGUGAGCGAGGUCGCCAGCAGUGGUUCUGGGCUGGCGUUCGUUGCCUAUCCCACCGUACUAGCGAGACUGCCCGUGGCGCCACUCUGGUCCAUCCUCUUCUUCUUCAUGCUGCUUACGUUGGGACUGGACAGCCAGUUUGUGUUCUUGGAGACGAUCUUUACGACCUUCAUGGAUGGAUUUCCCGCCACGCGCCGAUACAAGCCGUUAAUAGUUAGUCUCAUCGCUGUUGUACUAUACCUCGUCGCUCUGCCCAUGUGUACGGGGGCCGGUCUGUACUGGAAUGACUUGAUGAAUACGUUUGCUGCAUCAUGGUCGGUAAUACUGGUGGCACUGGGAGAGGGCAUCGCUGUCGCCUGGGUGUAUGGGGUGAGGCGUUUCAUCGGUGACAUCACCAUGAUGCUUGGUCGCAACAUUGCCUACAAGAUUUGCAAUGUCUACUGGAUCUUCACCUGGUUACUAACGACGCCACUGCUAAUCCUGGGCAUACUCGUCUUCAACUUCAUCGCCUACAAGACGCCGACCUCACAGGAUAUCGAAUACCCUAAAUGGGCAGAGGUUCUCGGCUGGGUCAUCACCUGGGGAACCGUGGCUCUGAAUACUAUAGUUGGCGCCAUCAACUUCUAUCGCUACCAUCCACAGAUCGGAUACAGACGAUAUUCCGACCGGAUCCGACCUGGGGACCUGCCAUGGAUCGCUUCCGUACGGGAGACUACGCUCCCAUCGGUCCUGCUCCGUCGGCGAACAUCGGUGGGAAAGCUCCCCUAUACACGAUCGCCGACACGGCAGGAUAUCCGGGUCUCUACCGGCCGUAUCCUAGCGACGGAUACUACACAAACCCGGCCUUUCAUUCUUCCCAGUCAUCGCAACUGUAGUGUGUUCCUGAGACGGACACCAACUCUACGGUGGAUAUUGCUACAGGGACUCUCAUUGGUCGAUGCGUACUUUCUUCAACUGAUACUAGGGGGGACUUUUACCUCGCCCCUCAUUCUCCCUAGCAUGGACUGGCAUGGCCAAUGCGUGCUGCGCUCAACUGAUAUUAUAGAUAUUUUUACCCACCUCCCUCUCUAUCUCCCGCUCUCUAUCUCCCUCUCUCUACAGGGACUGGCAUGGUCAAUGCGUGCUGUGUUCAAUAAAUUAUUCUAUCUCUCGCGCUCUCUCCCCGUCGCUAUCUCUUUCUCUCGGUGUGUCCCCAUCUCUCACUUUCCUUCGCUCUCUUAUUCGCACCCUCUCCUUUUCUCACUCUAUCGCCCACAUAUCGUGUGCCUAUAUCGCAUGAAUUGUUGCGAAAUGAUGGCUGUAUCCAGAGACUGGCGUAUAUAUGCCUGUUGUGUCUUGUUGUUAACUUACUAUGACCCGUCGUGCGGUUUAUAUACGUUUUACAUACGAUAUGUAUUUUUAUAAGUCGACUAUCGUAGUCUAUAUAUCUAUGUAUCUUAGUGAGAUGACAACCGACGAGGCUGAGAAUUUAGCGUUAAUCUAAUAACUAUAAUCUCUCGCUACUAUCGGCUGAACUGGCUGUCAGACAGGCGCAACUACUGUCUCGUCGCAUGCCAGGCAAAUUGCAAUACUAUAAUAGAUUCAGUUACGCGAAUACUGCUAGCGCCUGAGUGGUUGGUAGCUAUAUGGGCUCCUUACUGUCUUAUUGAAUCUCUCGAUUUCCACUCCCCUCCUCUCUCUCUCUCCCUUCCUCUCUCUCUCGCUCACUCCCUCUCUCUCUCUUGCUCU